CUUUAAUGACUAUAAAUAUUCCAACAUUUCACAUUCUCUCUCUCUCUCUCCGUGAAAGCUUCACUAAGUUUUAACGAAACCAUGGUCGACGACAUAAUCACGCGAGAAUCGCCGAAGCACAAAGCGAACCGUGUUUUCAUCAACCUAACGACGCUGAUGAUGAUGGUGGUGAAGCGAGCAAGUCGGUUACCGUUGAAGCUGAAGGCGGCGCCGGCGAGUGAGAAUCGGAAAAUUGAGAUCAAGUCACCUAAGAAGCUUCUGAAGAACAUAAGCAACAAAGCGAUGCCGUUUAUUGAGAAGAUGAAAAAGAAAAAGAAAGGGAAGGAUGAUUGGGGAGACGGCGGUGUGUGGCAGAAAGCGAUCAUGAUGGGGGAUAAGUGCGAGCCGUUGGAUUUCUCCGGCGUGAUUUACUAUGAUAGUAAAGGGAAGCAGGUAAGCGAAUUCCCUCUCAGGUCACCACGUGCGACUCCAGUGCCGGCUUUAUGUUCCGGUUGAAACUCCGGGAAAGAGUUUAGAGUUCAGAGUAUGUGUUCUCUUUUUCUUUUUUGAGCCGGUGAAAUGUGUAUAUAGUUAUGGAAGUUGGAGUUCUUAUUAAAAUAAAUUAAUAUGAUUUGUGUCUUGAGAAAAUCGGAAGACCAAAAUCGCACUCAGAGAUACUUAUAGUUAUAGUUAUGUAUAACACAUCAAAGUCCUCACAUCGCAUCGCUCUGGUGCGAAGUUGUAGUCUCUUUGUGUUGUAGUUUAUGAGAAAAUAAAUUUAUGUUUAUCUUUGAUUA